GCUCUGGGAACAGAUGCAUCAUUUUAUUGUCCUCCCAAGUGAUGGCAUCAAGCUAGAGAUGCUCCUUGGGAGUGACCCACAGCAUCCUGGCGUGGGGGCUUUGCAAUCUGCCUGAGGAGUUUUCUGCUUCCUUGUCUGAAAUUUGGUGGUAGGAGGAAGUUUCCCGUUGAUUUAUUUACUUAAAAUAUUGAAAAAGUUUGGUGCAUUUUGGUGCCUGGAAUGGAUCCCCGUUUGAAGAUAUGGGUUGAGUCACAUCUUCCUAACUGAGACAUGUCUGACCAUUUCCUGCCGGAGGAACACACGGAACAUCUAGAGAAACUUGGCAGGAGAAAUGCCACCUGAUUUGCAACUCUCACGCUCUGAGAAAAAUCAUCAGACUCGUCCAAGAGGGGAAUUAAGAUAUUAAGGACGAUGGCUUUCCUUCUCAGCAACUUGACAAACGACUCUAACCUGUGGAAAGUAAGUCAUAAUUCUACGGACCUUGGGAGUUCGCCAGCAACUCUGACUCUCUCCCUCUUUUGCCUCAUCUGUUUAAUGACGCUCGCAGCUCUGGUGGGCAGCAUUUUCUCACUGUUUUCCCUGCUGGCCGUGCAAAACAGGACUGUCGUGUCCAUGCUUGUGGCUUCCUGGUCCGUGGAUGACCUCCUGAGCGUCUUGUCAGUGGCCAUCUUCAUGUUUCUGCAGUGGCCAAAAGAGGCUCCAGGCUACUCCCAGUCUCUGUGCGCCACGUCUGCCUUGCUUUAUGUAUGCCAGGGCCUCUCCAGCAACUUGAAGGCGACUCUGAUAGUCUCCUACAACUUUUAUACGAUGCGCAGGACAGUGGCCAGUCAGUCAGCCUCCUUGCGAUCAGGGCAGGUGCUUGGUGCGGCAUUGACCGUGUGGGCGGUCAGCCUGCUGCUGGCCGCGCUCCCGCUGUGUGGCUGGGGCUUCUUCGUGCGCACGCCCUGGGGCUGCCUAACGGACUGCUCCAGUCCCUACGUGCUGCUCCUCUUCGCGGUGUACGCUUCUGCCUUUGGGCUCCUGGCCGUUCUCUCCGUGCCUCUCACUCACCAGCUGCUGUGUUCCGCGGAGCCGCCGAGACUCCACGCCAACUACCAGGAAAUUUCGCGUGGCGCCUCCACUCCUGGGACCCCUGCUGCUGGGGGAAGAGUACUCUGUCUGUCACCAGAGGAUGUCGCGAUCCCAGCUCUGCGAUGUGCUGGGGGAUGCUCCCCGAGCUCGGACUCGGUGUUUGCCCCAGGUCAGCCUGCUGCCUCCGGCUCUGGAGCCAGCAGGCGAGAGAUUCCCGGGACUCCCCAUGGCACCAGCAGCUUCCAAGUGAGCCUGGCACAGAAGCGCUUUGCUUUGAUCCUAGCGCUGACGAAAGUCAUCCUUUGGCUGCCCAUGAUGAUCCACAUGGUGGUAAAACACGUGGUGGGGUUUCAGAGCCCUCCGGUCGAUACGCUCAGCUUUCUACUGACCCUGCUGGCCAGCGUUGUAACCCCCGUGUUUGUCUUGUCCAAACGCUGGACCCACUUGCCCUGUGGCUGCAUCAUCAACUGCCAGCCAGACGCCUACUCCGUGGCUUUUGAUGGGAAAAAGUCAAAGAGGAAAGGCUUUGAAUUCAAUCUGUCAUUCCAACAAGGUUAUGGAAUCUAUAAAAUAUCACACGCAGAUUACUAUGAGGAUGAUGAAAAUGCCAUCUCCUACCACAACCUGAAGAACUCUGAGUGUGAAGCUACAAAGGAGCCUGGGGGAGACAACCGCAGCGUCUUCAAUGCCAUCACGGUAGAAAUCAGCACCGCGCCUCCUUUGGACAGCGGCACGCUGCUGUCGGGCAUCAACAAGUGCACCAAUACAGACAUCCCCGAGCCCAGACAAGGCUUCAGCGAGGAAAAGAGUGCUUUUCCUGUUAAAACAGAAAGCGAAAUUAACUGUGAAGAAACCACCUCGUUUGAAGGUCCAGAGAGACGGCUGUCUCAUGAGGAGAGUCACAAGCCAGAGCUUUCAGACUGGGAGUGGUGCAGGAGUAAGUCAGAACGAACACCGCGCCAGCGUUCCAGUGGGCUGGCUAUUCCCUUAUGUGCAUUCCAGGGGACAGUGUCUCUCCAAGCACCCACUGGGAAAACCCUCUCUCUUUCUACUUACGAGGUCAGUGCAGAGGGGCAAAAGAUAACCCCGGCCUCUAAGAAGAUAGAAGUCUACCGAUCGAAAAGUGUUGGCCAUGAACCGAACUCAGAGGAGUCUCCCUCCACGUUUGCAGACACCAGCGUGAAAAUACACUUGGAGGUCCUUGAAAUCUGUGACAACGACGAGGCUUUGGACACUGUGUCAAUCAUCAGCAACAUCAGCCAGUCCUCCACGAAAGUCAGGUCUCCUUCUUUGCGCUACUCACGGAAGGAAAACAGAUUCGUCUCCUGCGAUUUAGGAGAGACUGCCUCAUACUCCCUGUUCUUACCCACAAGUGAUCCUGACGGCGACAUCAACAUCUCCAUCCCUGACACUGUGGAGGCGCACAGACAGAACAGUAAGCGGCAGCAUCAGGACAGGGAAGGCUACCAGGAGGAGAUCCAGCUGUUAAACAAAGCCUACAGGAAAAGGGAGGCUCAAAAUGAAGGUAACUAGGGAGUUCCGGGUCUGAAGGGGCCUGGACAGAUCCGCAACCUCGAACUGCGAAACUUGCCCUAGUGCUGAGACUCAUUUCCCACUCCCUUCUAAUCACAGGCUUACAUAAGGUUUCCUGGUUAUUAUUUUUGGGGAGUGACUUGCUACAGUACAUACGUAAAGAGCAUUUCGUAUGCUAAAGAUCAUACACUGUGGUCACUGAGCAGCGUUGCGUCUGGUUUUCUACACCAAAUCUUGACCCAGUUUGCUAAUGUUUUGCCUAUUUAUGAAAAGAAUGUGCUUUUCUCGUGCAUGGGUUUCUGCAUCCAAGCUGCUUUUUACUGCAAGAGGGAAAACAGAUGUUGUGGAGAUGGAAAACAAUGCCACCCAAACCCCGAGUUGUAUUUGAAUACAUAUUUGCCUACACGUGUCUAGCUAAACAAGCUUUCUUCAGUUACUGCUUUAGCCUUUUAGUAGUCUAGGAAGUUUGUUCCUGUGUAGCAACAUCAAAUUAGCUUCUAACAUGGAAAUUUAGAAAUAUGUGUAUCCCUAGUCUAUUGUUAUUUCAUUUGUUGUUAUGAAAAUAUGAGUAGUUUAGUGAGUGGUCCUGUUUGUCUCUCUUGAAUGUAUCAGAGGUGUUUCUUUCCCUUUUCAGUGUGUCAUGAUCACUCUUAAAUAUUCUGUAUAUUGAAAGUGGCAUUUGAAGUCAUCUUUAAAUCAAACAUCUCUGGAAAAAAAAGCUUGUUGUUAGAUGUCUCUUCCUCCGACAAAUCCCUGGGAUAGGCUUUAUUUGGACUCAAGUGUUGUGGAAUAUUAGUUGAAAAUGUGCUACAUUUGUUUAUGCUGUGAAACAUUUGAUUAAUGAAACAAAGAUGUGUUGUAUUCUA